AUGGUUAUGGUUAUUAUUUCCGUCGCACAAUCGUUUCCCUUCUCAUUUCGGUCUUUGAAAGACACCGGCCACUACAUGUAAGCUAAAUGGCUGUCGUUAGUCAUAUUAACUACAAACACCCUCUGGGCAUUUCUGUGCAGUCUAAGUACUUUUCCUACAGAUGAGUCAUUUCUCAAAGACACGAGACAGAGCAGCCGGCGGACACCGGAGCACUGGAGGAGUCUGAAUCCUCCUUCACAUCCCAACAAACCCCGAGAGCCUAGUCAUCGUCCUUAUCACCAGCAUGUCGGUCCCGCAGGCAGCAUCCUCCCUACAAAUAUGCAGGAUCAUGCGGCCAGACGACGCCAACAUUGUGGGCAAUGUCCACGGAGGCAUCAUCCUCAAGAUGAUCGAGGAAGCCGGGUGCAUCGUUGGCACGCGACACUGCAACAUACAGAACGGGGACCGCUGUUUGGCAAACCUGGUUCGGGUGGAGAAGACAGAGUUCCUGUUCCCUGUGUUCAUCGGCGAGGUCGCCCACGUCACCGCUGAGAUCACUUACACCUCUAAGCACUCGCUGGAGGUGCAGGUCAAAGUCAUGGCUGAGAACAUCCUCACAGGUGCCAAAAAGCUGGCCAACAAGGCAGCGCUGUGGUACGUCCCCUGCUCUUUGAAGAAUGUCGACGAGAUCAUGGAUGUGCCGCCCAUCAAGUAUGCCAGUGCAGAACUAGAGGAGCAGGGCAGAAACCGCUACGAGGCUCAGAAGAUGGAGAGAGUGGAGACCAAAGCGAGGAUUGAAGAAGUGAUGUCAUCUCCACCCAACCCAGAGGAUCCACCAAAAGAACAACACACAGUUGGUUUCAGCCAGUCCAGUCUGAUCCAUUUGGUGGGCCCUUCUGACUGCACGCUACACCACUAUGUUCAUGGUGGUGUGACCAUGAAGCUGAUGGAUGAGGUCGCCGGCAUUGUGGCGGCUCGGCACUGCAACACCAACAUUGUAACUGCCUCUGUGGAUGCCAUCAACUUCCAUCGCAAGAUCAACAAAGGCUGUGUGGUGACGGUGACGGGGCGGCUCACUUUCGUCAGUAACAAGUCUAUGGAAAUUGAAGUGUUGGUAGAUGCUUCCUCGCUGGUGGAGGCAAAGGAGGAGAAAUUCCGUGCUGUCUCGGCCUUCUUCACCUUCAUCUCCCUGGACAAGGACAAUAAGCCUCUGUCCGUCCCUCCUCUUAAGAUUGAAAAAGAGGAGGAGCAGAGACGGUUCGAUGAGGGCAACGCACGUUACCUCCAGAAUAAAGUAAAGAGACUUGCGAAUAAGGAACGCCAGCAGUGACGCUGCUGCUCACCCGAGUUAAACAUCUGCAACAGUAUAUCAGCCCCACACAACACAAUAUGAAGGAACAACAACGCUCUCUCCGGUUCUGUAUUUGUAACCUCCUGUUAAACCUUAACUUGUGAUAAUUAUUCUCCUUGUGCUACACACCAAAGUGUCCACAUAUGGCUGUAUGUGUAUUUAAAAGUAAGACUUACAUAUUUUAUCUUGGAUAUUUUUAUUGAUGUAUCACUGCCUGUGCAAAGUGACAGUCUGACUGUAGAAGUAAGAAUACUAUUUUAUUUUGAGAAGAUUUUUUAAGUAUGAAGACUUCAUGAUUGGUGUCAGUGCAAAGUGAUAGUCUGAGCGCAAGGAAAAUGAUGAAUAAGUGAGUGAAUAAUAAUGAAUAAAAGAUCCAAGCGUGAGUCUGGG